ACAAAUUCAAAUUUUUUUAAUACCCUGAAAUGAAGUGUGAUGGCAAGAGACGAUAAGUAUAAAUUGGAAUAACACAUGCGCGCCGCCAACACGAGAACAAGCGCCAACUGCCUAGCGGCAAACGACCGAAUUUCCUGUCUGCGUCGAAAACUCGCGCCUUAGACCGCGUCAACAGGCAACGCGGAGAGUCGUUAUUUUCCAACCUUUACUUCGAACCCGAGGACGCAUUAGCCUCUUGCGAAUUAGAUUUUUAACAACGAAUCUGCACUGCGAUUUGUCAUUUGUAACAAAAGCAAGGACUUGAAGGCUUGGCUGCAGCCAUGUCGUCCGCGUCAAUUGACAAGGACGCCUUUUUCAGGCGCAUGAAGCGUCUUUAUACUGCAUGGAAGGGUGGCGAAACCGGUGGUGACGAUAGUUUGAGUAAAGUUGAUUGUGUUGUUUCAACUGUGGGUGCAGAUGAAGAUGUCAUUUAUAGCAAAUCAACUGCUCUCCAGACAUGGCUCAUCAAUUACGAGCUGCCUGACACUAUCAUGAUCUUAGCUGAAGAUGGUAUUUACUUUUUAGCAAGUAAAAAAAAGAUUGAGUUUCUCAGAUCCUUGGAAGAUGCCAAAUCUGAAGACACUGGUGUACCACCUGUCAAACUUACCAUCAGAGAUAGAAGCGAUGAGGACAAAGCUAAUUUUGCAAAGUUAAUCAAAGUCAUGAAAGAGAGUAAAAAUGGUAAAACUAUUGGUAUCUUUCAGAAGGAUACAUUUAAAACUCCAUUUGUAGAAUCAUGGAAAAAUGCUAUGAAAGCUGAAAAUUUUGAUCAGGUUGACGUUAGCGCAAGUGUUGCUUAUGUUAUGAGUCCUAAAGAAGACUCAGAAAUUCUAACUGUCAAAAAAGCUUGUUUGGUAUCAGUUGAUGUAUUUACAAAGUAUCUUAAAGACCAAAUAAUGGAAGUUAUUGAUAAUGAUAAAAAAGUGAAACAUUCAAAAUUAGCUGAUGGAGUAGAUAGUGCUGUAACAGAUAAAAAGUAUGUAUCGAAUGUUGAUACUUCCCAAAUAGACAUGUGUUAUCCAGCAAUCAUUCAGAGUGGUGGAAAUUAUGCUUUAAAAUUCAGUGCUAGUAGUGACAAUAAUACAUUACAUUUUGGUGUUAUUGUUUGUUCUCUUGGUGCUCGCUACAAAGCAUAUUGUUCCAAUAUUGUUCGAACCUUAAUGGUUAAUCCAACUAAAGAAAUGGAGGAAAAUUACAAUUUCUUAAUUCAAGUUGAAGAAGAAAUAUUAAAAAAAUUGGUGGCAGGUGUCAAAUUGAGUGAAGUGUAUGAAGCUGGUGUUAAAUUUGUUAAAGAAGAAAAGCCAAAAAUGAUUGAACAUUUGACAAAAAAUUUUGGUUUUGGAAUGGGAAUUGAAUUUAGAGAAAGUUCACUGCUUUUGGGGCCAAAAACUAUUGCCACAGCUAAAAAAGGAAUGGUAUUCAAUGUGAAUGUUGGCUUUUCAAAUCUUCCUAACCCAGAUGGAACAGACAAAGAAUCUAAAACAUAUGCAUUGUUUAUUGGAGAUACAGUGAUUGUCAAUGAAGAUCAACCGGCUACAGUUCUCACACCCUCAAAAAAGAAAAUCAAAAAUAUUGGAAUUUUCCUAAAAGAUGAAGAAGAAGAAGAGGAAGAUAGUGGAAAAGAAAAUGAACCAAAACAUGAACUGCUUGGUCGAGGUAAAAGAACAGCUGUUAUUGAGUCAAAACUUAGAACUGAACACAGCUCAGAAGAAAAAAGGAAACAGCAUCAAAAAGAAUUAGCUCAGCAGCUGAAUGAAAUAGCUAAAGCUCGUUUGGCUCAACAAUCAAGCGGCAAAGAACAAGAAAAAAUCAGAAAGUCAACUGUUUCUUAUAAGAGCAUCAACAGUAUGCCUCAUGACUCAGAAGUCAAAGACCUCAAACUAUUUGUUGACAAAAAAUAUGAGACAGUCAUCAUGCCAGUUUUUGGAAUACCAACACCUUUCCAUAUAUCAACUAUCAAAAAUAUUUCUCAAUCAGUGGAAGGUGAUUAUACAUACCUCAGAAUAAACUUCUUUCAUCCUGGUGCAACAAUGGGUAGAAAUGAAGGAGGAGUCUACCCUCAACCGGAUGCUACUUUUGUCAAAGAAGUGACUUAUCGGAGUACCAACACUAAAGAACCUGGUGAAAUUUCAGCGCCAUCUUCCAAUUUGAAUACUGCUUUCAGAUUGAUAAAAGAAGUGCAGAAAAAGUUUAAAAACAGAGAAGCGGAAGAACGCGAAAAAGAAGAUCUUGUUAAGCAAGAUACUCUUGUAGUUUCCAGUGGAAAGGGUAAUCCAAGAUUGAAAGAUUUGUACAUUAGACCAAAUAUCGUGAGCAAAAGAAUGACAGGUGCAUUAGAGGCUCAUUCUAAUGGCUUUCGUUAUACAUCAGUUAGAGGAGACAAAGUUGAUAUUUUGUAUAAUAAUAUCAAAAAUGCCUUCUUCCAACCAUGUGAUGGAGAAAUGAUCAUUUUGCUUCACUUUCAUUUAAAGCACGCUAUAAUGUUUGGUAAGAAAAAACAUGUCGACGUUCAAUUCUAUACAGAGGUCGGAGAAAUUACCACUGAUUUAGGAAAACACCAGCACAUGCACGACCGUGAUGAUCUUGCUGCUGAGCAAUCGGAAAGAGAGUUGAGACAUAAAUUGAAAACAGCAUUCAAAAGCUUUUGCGAAAAAGUGGAAUCCAUCACAAAGCAAGAAAUUGAAUUUGACACACCAUUCAGAGAUCUUGGUUUUCCUGGGGCUCCAUUUAGAAGUACUGUUCUACUUCAACCAACUAGCGGUUGCCUCGUUAAUUUAACUGAAUGGCCUCCAUUCGUUAUAACUCUGGAAGAUGUUGAAUUAGUACAUUUUGAAAGAGUUCAGUUUCAUUUAAAAAAUUUUGAUAUGAUAUUCGUAUUCAAAAAUUACCAAAGGAAAGUAUCAAUGGUUAACGCCAUACCAAUGAACAUGUUAGAUCACGUUAAAGAAUGGCUCAAUUCGUGUGAUAUCCGGUACUCUGAGGGUGUACAGUCUUUGAACUGGACGAAGAUAAUGAAAACGAUCACUGAUGAUCCUGAAGGAUUCUUUGAAAGCGGUGGUUGGACUUUCUUGGACCCAGAGAGUGAUGAAGAAAAUGAGGCAGCCGAAGAUGAAGAAGAAGAAGAAGACGAUGCAUAUGAACCGUCCGACUCAUUUGAAGAUGAAGAAUCCGAUGAUGACUCUGACUAUUCCGAAGCUUCGGAAGAUUCAGGCAGCGAUGAAGAAGAAUUGGGUAGCUCGGAAGAAUCUGGCAAGGAUUGGUCCGAUUUAGAACGUGAAGCUGCUGAAGAAGAUGACGAAAGAGGUGAUUACGGUGCUGCCGAGUUGAAAAAGAAAGGCGGCAAGCAUUCAUCGCCAUCAAAGGAUAGGCAUGGUUCCAAACACAAAAGUUCUUCAAGUUCCAAAGGUAGAGACAAAGACAGAAGAUCUUCUGACAAGCAUAGAUCGGAUCGAUCAAAACAUGAUGGAUCUCACAAAUCACCCUCAAAAUCUUCUAAACACCACCAUAGCAGCCCGAGGAAAAGUGAUAAGCACAGCAGCAGAAGUGACAAGCACAAAUCAUCUUCUCAUUCAUCAAGCAGCAAGAAGCGAUCACGUGACGAUAGUUCAGAUAGACAUCGUAGUUCCAAAAAACACAGAAAAUAAACCCUUCAUUACUCAAAAUGAGAAUCUAAGACCUACACAUAAAAAUCUCAUUGAAGAAUCACAAGAU